UUUUCGUAUACUGUCUUCAGGUUCCUGCCAGUGUGGUGUAUUUUGUUUCCUGCACUGAUGCUUUUAUUUCGGUUAGUGAAAAUGUAUCCAGUGAAGUGUAAAAUGUGCUGAUGCACAAGACUUGUGCCUUAAAUGGCUUGUAAUGGAUGCCGUCCCAUCCCGGAAUGACGCUUCAAGUAAUUUGGAGCAGAACAAGCUGUCCCCGGAUGCCUUUAUCGAUGAAUCGUGUAGAAUUUUCGAACAGAAAGCGUCCAUGCCUCCGGUCGAAGGGAGGUUUGUAUCUGACGCGACCGUUUUCGACAAAGAUCGAGGUCCGCGUCCUCCGGUUCCCGGAGAAGAAACGGCGGUAAAAUUUUCCGAUGGGAAGACUGGUGGCAGUUCAUCUCCUCCUCCUCCCCCUCCUCCACCUCUGGAUCCCUGGAAGAAGAAGCAAAUUUUGAAAGGAUGUGAAUCUGUGAAAGCCGCGUCACAAGAUGUGGGUCGACGAGAAGGAGAACGUCCACCUGACUUCGCUCCGGAAGGAAGUGCAGCGGAGUCUACUCUCACCUCGCGCUCGGUCUCGCCGUCAAACCGGAGUGAUACCUCUGCCUCUUCAUCGUCGUCUUCAUCUUCUGUUCAUGGCCGUCCGCCCUGCUUUGCUUGGGCAAACAGUUUGCAAAACUUGCUUGGUGAUUCCGAAGGAGUAGAGCUUUUUCAAACGUAUCUCGAUCAGGAAUUGUGUCCGUCUGAGCCAUUGCAGUUCUGGUUCGCGUGUCGUGGUUUUGGCAUGCAGCAAGAACAAGGUCAAAGUGACGAAGAGGUCGAAAAAUUAUGCCGGGUUAUCUACCGUAAGUUCCUCAGAAAUCAGACAGUUCCGGUUUCUGAAUCAACCAGGCGUGCCAUUGUGGAAAAGCUGGGACUAGAACCAGAGUCCUCGGCGACAAAAGCCGCUUUUCCUACCAGUAGCUGGAGCGCCAUUCUCGAUCGUGCUCAGCAGGAAGUGGAGAAUGAUCUCAGUCGCUCAACUUACGCGAAUUUUUUAGAAUCCGAUCUUUACCUCCAGGCGGUGACAGAUCAGAUCGAACGGAGGCGCUUGAAGAAGAUUCAGCGAGAAGAACGAAAACGGAAUAAACUGCUACGGAAAUCCCAAAAAAAGGAAUUAUGCAGUCCGCAACAGACUGCAUUUUUCGAAGAAAAAGAGCCUCGUGUGAUUCCUCGUGUCCCUUCUGAUCAAAUCAUCAAGCCUGCUCCAAUUCAGACGCUUCCAUUGACUCGAAAGGCAUUAUUGGCGACAGUUUCGGAUCGAAUGGCGUACAGGCAAACCGCGGCUGUCUUGCAUGAAGUUGGUCCCCAUAGUAGCGUUAGUGGCCUCACGUCGGCCGCCACCAGCGUGGUUAGCGGCAGUGGCGGCGGGUCAUUACAUCCAUAUCAUGCUAUGUACAAGUCCUACGUGCCUGUUUCUCGGCAAGACAGUGAGCUGCAGAGUCUCAGCUCUGACGCCCUCACCGACGACACUAUGUCCACGAUCACUGACGAUUGUGCUUCCUCUGUUGAUGGUCGUCCGCCACCGGGUUGCUCGAACACGUGUUGCGUGAAGCCGGGUAUGAUCAGAAGAACCGCCGGGAUGAGUAGCGGUGGAUCGCAUCACCGCCUCCGUCAUGUGGGCAGUGGGUCGCACAUCCACGCCAGCGCCCAACAUAAGAUGCAUCGGCGACUUAAGCAGCAAAUCAGAAUGAACGCGGAGGAGAACAAGGAAAGUGACCGUGUCACGGGCACCUUCUUCAUCCCGAGAACGGCGCGACCCUUGGCCUAUGAUUCGACGCUCGCGGAGAAAAAACCAGCUGAAUUCGCGAAGAGGCUGAUCUCAAAAUUGGAGGCUGUGGUGAAAGAACGGGAGCAAGAAGCGAUCAAGCUUGCAAUGGAGCCAGCGGAAGAUGAUAAGAAGAAGUCGUGUUCGUUAUCUGUUCUCCUCGUCGAGGCCAUGAAAGAAAAGAUCAAAGCGGGCAACGACGACAAUUUUGAUUCGGAUCAGGCCAUUCUAGACAAUCAUGUUGACCGGGUUUGGGCUGAUCACUCGGAGCAGCAGACGCCAAGAACACCCCCGGGAGCUGCGAAACGUGGGGGGAAUUCGAACUUGCCGCCGUUUGCUGGUGGGGUUCGAGCUGCGAGAGGUCUCAUAGGAUCGGGUACAUCCGUGACAACCCCUGGACAACAUUACGUGUACGCCGGGGCUGGAAAACCCGUUGGAUUCCAGGGACUCGGCACGGACCACUUGUCGCAUCACCAUCGUGUACACCAUCACCGCAAACAACGCGAGAAGGAUGCGUCAUCAUCGAUGUCCUCAGAUUCAGGUAACGUUCUGGACUCGAGGAGUUCUCUCGACGGACUCGCUGUGGGUCAUGGGUUCCCCAAGUCAAAGUCAGUGCCUGACUGGCUGGUCGACGCCAAUCAAAAACAGCACCUGAGGUCAGCAGGAGGCUGCACAGACAGUGGACUUAGCGCCAUUUCGGCAGACUCCAAUGCAUCUUACAACCAACCCCUGUCAUCCCGUGAAAGGGUUUUGACGUGGGUCAGCCAGAACCAGAAGUGCGAGCAGCCCGAAAAGAUGGGUGGCGGCAGUGAAAGGGGUUCAUCUUCGUAUCGCCGGAGCCGAGCGUCAACGUCGGCGCUGCAAGACCAGGCGCCGUCGGCGUCCCGUUCAUCUCACCGACGCCACAUGGCGGCCGGAUCGUCGUCCAACUCGGGUCGUUCUGUGUCCAUGGAGCGAAGCGGCGGUCGGCUGUCGUGGAAGCAGCAGUAUCAGCAGGUGCAAGAACAUCAGCCCGGGACGUCGAUUGACGAUUCGGGAGUGCAUUUCAUGCAUCGUGGGCCGCCAGGAUCUGCCAAGUUCUUCAACAAUGGUUCUUCUGGAUCGAGAAGCAGAGGGGUUCGACAAGAAAUGGUGAUUUCCGGUAUAGCGAUGGACGAUGACCCUAACGCCUCAACGAUCGUGAGUCUGUUCUUUUACGGCGACCGGGUGCCGUUUCGAACGAAAAUACCUGGCAACAACGUGACCCUGAAGCAGUUCAAGCAGGUUGUACCUCGGAAAGGGCAUUAUCGGUACUUUUUCAAGAGGGAAGAUCCGGAGUUCGGCUCAAACGCGGUCCAGGAAGAGGUUGGUGAGGAUUCCGCACUUGUGCCCCUUUGGGAGGGGAUGGUGAUUGCCACGUUGAAGCCCGUGUAG